AUGGCAAAUAUUAGUCGCUUCGUUAAUGAAAACGACAGAGUCAUUAAUAACCAUCCAGCCAGAAACAAAAUCAAUGCCUUUUUCAUUAUGAGGCUCGAUAUAGGCCCAUUUUUAAGGGAAAAUUUUCCCAAAAUAGACCAGAAAAGCGUUUCUCGUCUGGUCAAAGCUGCAUGGGGGAGUUGUUCAAAUCAGCUCAUAAAUGAGUUCACGUACGUUGCGUAUCAAGUCAGUCACGGCUUGGUACGACUUAAAGAACUUGAAGAUGCAGCACGUACACUCUUUUUAUCUUCAAGAUUGAAUGGUGAUUUUAGUUCUCUUAAAGACAAUAAUGAUAAUGAUAACAAGAAUAAACUUCAAGUUACCUCAACUUCUUUGCUACAUGAUCAUUCCUUACACCAUGAUUCAUUGGAUAUUGAUGAAACUCCAAGCAUUUAUUCUGAACAAGGUCAUAAGUUGAAAAAUAGAGCAGAUUUAAUAGAUGACAAAUCAAGAUUAAAAGCACCAUAUGAUAUUUAUCAAGACAUUGAAUAUAUCGACACGCCAAAUAAUCAAAGGUGUCCUAUAAUCCACAGGUUUCCCAGAAAUUCUAUUUUGAAAGCAGUCGAGUAUUAUGAUGACACAGAAUUCAACCCUUAUAAAGAUAUUAAUGUUGGAGAAAUUCUUGGGCCAUUAGUGAAAUUAGAAGAUGUUAUUAAGAAACCACAUUAUAAAAGGAUUUUAAAUGACAAUUCAUUAACACACUGUGCUGAUUUCUUAAUGGAAAGAAUUGAAACUGAGAAAAAUUUCAACAAUAUAAUUAGUAGAUUGAUGACUGUGUUGCAAGGUGAUGAUGCCAUGUACCCAAAUCUGGACUUUAGACUUAAUCCUUCACCUGAAAUUGUCAGUACUCGUGUUGUCAAAGCCGGUGAAGAGGAAGGUGGUAUGGGAUUGGGCGUGCUUAAUGUUGGACUACAAGGAAACGAUAGGAAUAAGGAUAUACGAAUUCAUGAAGCUAAAGAUCAAGGAUUAGAAACUUUAAUUGCUGUUCGUGAACAAUUACAAGAGCAAAUCAGUAAUAGUAAUGAAGUUUUAAGAUGUCUAAUUGAAUCAAGAAAUGGAGUAUUAAGAUCUAUAAGACAAAGAGAUUUGUUAAAAAUUAAAAUAAUUUCAAUUGAUAAACAUAAAAAAAAACUAGAGAAAAAAGAAUCAAAAAGGAAUUAUCAAGAAGCUUUGGAAUGA